AUGCACACAAACUCGGUGUUUGGAGCCGAUCACACCCCGGUGUUGGACAUGAGCUCUAAACCAGCAAUCCCGUGUCACCAUCGCAAAACCGGCGACUUCUUUCCAGAAGUGCAGCUUACAACUACUAUCAAGCUCAUCGAACCAAGCGCGACGAAUCGGCCGGACUCCGCGUCGAUCGCGCAGGACAAGGAGAAGGCUUCGGCGAACAUUUCGGUGGGCGCGCUGAUGAACGAAGCGGAGGCCACGGAGGUGGAGAACGCGUGGGAGGCGCUCAUGCGGUGGGGCAAGUUCUGGCGGGUGAAGGAAACCAGUAACACUGACGAGGAAACCACCAAGGUCGUUAUCUUCGGCGGGGGGGCGUUCGGGACGGCGCUGGCGCACAUGCUGGCGCGGAACAACGCGGAGCUGGACGUGGUGAUUCUACACCGCUUCGAGGAGGACUGCAAGAACAUUAACGAGCUGCACUGUAACAGCGCGUGCCAUCCGGGCAUCAUUCUCCCCGACAACGUGCGCGCCACCACUAAUCCCAAGGAGGCCAUCACGGGCGCGCAGUACGCCAUCCACGCCAUCCCCGUGCAGCCCAGCGCAGCAUUCCUGCAGUCCAUAGCGCAGUACGUGCCGCCCACGCUGCCCAUCCUGUGCGUCAGCAAGGGGCUGGAGCUGGGGACCAUGGAGAUGAUGACAGAGGUCAUUCCUCGUGGCCUCGGCAACCCCCGCCAGCCCGUGGUGAUUCUCUCGGGACCCACCUUCGCUGUCGAGAUCAUUCGAGAGCUACCCACCGGUGAGAGCAAGUUGCAGAUGAGAGACGAGGAAGCCCUGGUGGCGGCCAGCAAGGACUUGGCUCUGGCUAAGAGGGCACAGAAGCUGCUGGCGUCAAAAACUCUGCGAGUCAACACCACCACUGACGUGGUGGGGGUGGAGAUGGCGGGCGCCCUAAAGAACGUGCUGGCGAUAGCAGCGGGGAUAGUGGAGGGCAUGCAGCUGGGCAACAACUGCAUGGCUGCUCUGGUCGCGCAGGGGUGCUCCGAAAUCCGGUGGCUUGCAGAGAAGAUGGGAGCCAAAUCCACCACCCUGGCCGGGUUGAGCGGCACGGGCGACAUCAUGCUGACGUGCUUCGUGUCCCUGUCGCGCAACCGCACGGUGGGCGUGCGCCUGGGGUCAGGCGAGAAGCUGGAGGACAUCCUCGCCUCCAUGACCCAGGUGGCUGAGGGCGUCGCCACGUCUGGCGCCGUCAUCUCCCUCGCCCGCAAGUACCGCGUGCAGAUGCCCGUGCUCACGGCUGUAGCGAGGAUUCUGGAGGGAAAGCUGGAGCCUAAGGAGGCAGUCAUGGAGCUCAUGAGCCUGCCGCAGGUCGAGGAGAAGUAG